AUGCUGCUGCGCUUCCAGAGCCCCCUUCGAGCCGAGGGGCCGCCAGCCGGUCACAGACCUUCGGUGCAAGCUGCAAACAGGCUCGGACAGCGGCGCGGGGCCCCUAGAUAUCUGCGACAAGUGCUGUGCCACAGGGUGAACCCGCCAGCGGCAUCUGCAUCGGUCAGCCAGGGAGCGACCGUCAAGGAUGGGAUGGUGAAGGCUGGAGCAGGGAGAGGAUUUUACACCGGCGACGAUGGCUACCUGUACUGUGACAGCUUGCGGGUCGAUGACAUCCGCGCCCAAGUCAAGACGAGCCCAUUCUACCUGUACAGUAAGGACACCAUCGCUUCCAACUUCGCAGCAUAUGAGAGUGCUCUGACAGGCGUCGAGUCCAUUAUUGGCUAUGCUGUCAAAGCCAACAAUAACAUGUUCAUCCUCCGCCAGCUCCAGGCCAAGGGCUGCGGUGCCGUCCUGGUUUCUGGAAACGAGCUCAAACUUGCCCUACUUGUGGGCUUUGAGCCUGAGAAAAUCAUUUUCAACGGAAAUGGCAAGCUUCCGGAGGAGUUGGCAUAUGCAGUGAGAGCAGGGGUGCUCAUAAACGUGGACUCCGAGUUCGACUACGAAAACAUUCGGGAGGCGGCUGCAGAGGUGGGGCAGGUUGCCAAGGUGCUGCUGAGGAUAAACCCCGAUGUGGAUCCCCAGGUGCACCCCUAUGUCUCCACUGGCCUUGCCAACUCCAAGUUUGGCAUUCGCAACAGCCACCUGCAGUGGUUCCUUGAUCGCAUCAAGACUGAAUCCAUGGUGGAGCUUGUGGGGCUGCACAGCCACCUGGGGUCCACAAUCACGAAGGUUGACAUCUUUAGGGAUGCAGCCAACAUAAUGUGCGACUUUGUUGAGCGUGUCAGAGCCGAGGGAUUCGAACUCAAGUACCUGAACAUCGGCGGCGGGCUGGGGAUUGACUACAACCACAGAGGCGAGGUGCUGCCUACCCCCAAGGACUUGAUAGACACUGUGCGCGAUCUGGUGGCGCGGCUUGGCCUUGUGCUCGUGAUCGAGCCAGGCAGGUCGAUGGUCGCCACGUCCUGCGCGUUGGUGAACACGGUGACAGGCGUCAAGUCCAACGGGAACAAGAACUUCAUCGUCAUUGAUGGCUCGAUGUCUACGCUCAUCAGGCCCAGCCUGUAUGAUGCCUACCAGCACAUACAGCUCACGGCACCCUGCACAGGCAAGGUUGAAAAUUUCGACGUCGUGGGCCCUGUGUGCGAGUCCGCCGACUUCCUUGGCAAAGACCGCGACCUGUGCACGCCCGACAAGGGGGCGGGCCUGGUGGUGCUGGACGCGGGCGCCUACUGCAUGACCAUGGCGUCCUCAUACAACCUCAAGAUGCCACCAGCAGAGUACUGGGUGGAUGGUGACGAGGUCAAGCUCAUACGCAAGGCUCAGACCCUGGACGAUGUGCUCGCACAAUUCGAGGGCUUGUGA